AUGGUGGUAAUCAACCCCGAGCCCGCUGCUCUGUCCGCAGAGGACCUGUCGCUCUUCUACACUACAGACGAGCUGCUGCACAACUCGCCCGUCCUCAUCUUCUAUGGCCCCACAGCGACUUCGACGCAGGCGACGCACUCGCGCAUCCAGGCCCAUGUCUUCACUCCCGCCGGCCUCCAGAACUACGCCCGCCUGAUCAUAUCGCCCACGGCCACCUUCUACAACGCCGUCACAUGUCUCCCUCGUGAAGAGCAGGGCGACGAGAUAUGUCGUGGCCUCGCCUUUAGCCUGUACAAGUACUUCCUCGAGCUGCCACCGGAAAUAAAGGCUGCUUGGGAGAAGCGCUAUGGGCCGCCAGAUAACCUGCCCUCAGCCCCCAGGCUAUUCUCCGAGUCGCAUGCUGCCAUUGUGGCUGCCAAGAUGGUCAAGGUCGAGAAUGUCGCAGAUGUUAUAGUGGACGUGCGCCAUGCGCUGGGCGAGCAGACGCUGUCCUGGAUAGACCUGGACGUAGUCUUACCCCAGGGAAGUAUCAAAAAGCUGGAAUCCCGAGAGUCGGCCCAAUUCGACGAAGACAUUGAAGAGGACCUGACCCAGCAGCGAUAUGGUCAGUAUGCGCCCAUCAUCAAAUUGUUUGGAGAGGCUGCCUUCCUCCCAACAUCCAAACUCCGACGCGCACCAUCGAAACCGACCGCCCUCAACCGAUCACAGUCCUUCUCUAGGAAGCAGAAGGAGACUCUUCGACGGGAGAUGUGUGAGCUGCUGGAUACCGAGGAAAAUUACGUCUCCAAGCUGCACGAGUUGGUUCACACUGUCGCAGUCGAGUUUCGCGAGAAGGCGAGGAGCAAGUCAACUUCAAGUUCAAGCCCAACAGAGCAGGCACUGCGAGGACUUUUUCCACCUAGUCUCGACAACAUCUUGGACAUCAAUACAAGGUUCUUGGAUGCUCUUCGUAUCAUAUUGGAAGAGUCGGAGAAUGGAGCCAUUGAGGACAUUGAAUCAGCCACAGACGACGUCUACAUUGCACCAUUGCGUGGACAAAAGAAUCCACCAGAUGCUACUGGAGCUGCCGCAGUCGCAAAAGCCCUUGUUGAGUGGCUGCCACAGUUUGCCGACAGUUAUACCGAUUACAUGGCUGCCCACGGAGACUUUUCACAGCUGUUGAAGCUCUUCACCAAGGAUACAGCCUCGAGUUUCUCCAAGCGCGUAUACGAAACGGGCGAGCAGCGACUCAUGUCUAUGUUGAUUGAGCCUGUUCAACGCCUGCCACGCUACAACCUCUACAUCGACAACAUUAUCAAACAACUACCUGCUAGACAUCCCGCAAUCAGGCUUUUCCUCAAGGCGAGGGACAUUGUGACCGAUAUUUGCACAAGAGAAGGUCCCACGGCCCAGCAGAUCAGAGUGCUCGACCGCUUACGGAAAAUGGUCUCUUCCUGGCCGUCUACAGUCAAUCCUCAAGGACGACUCAUUACAGCCAUCGACUGCGUGGAGCUGUCUCCGCCAUACCAUGGAGAGUUAUCGGGGCCUGCCACCUUCCCUGGCAUCAUGGUCCUGUUCACGGAUUUCCUCGUGCUUCUCCACAAGUCAGAGGACGGCUCCACUAACGCGCGCGGCUUGCUUAACGAUUUGAACAACCCAAAGUUCGUCGAAUCGUUUGAUGGUACUACUGAGCUCUUUUUUCAUCAACACUUGAGUCUCAGCGACGUCUUUGUGACUGAGCACGCUGAGGGAAACAUCCUUCAACUCAUAUCUCCGAUGCCACCGCCUAACCAAGCGGAACGACCCCGAAGCCGAGACCGACGACAGCUUGGAAUUCGCAUGUACUAUCUACAGGGUAUAUAUGAAGGCAAGGGACAGAAGGUCGUUGAGGAACUCACAAAAGCCCGCGUCGAAGGCCGUUUCUCCGAGGCAGAACGAGAGAGUGUCAAAUGGGAAGUUCGGAACCUGCCCGGUGACCUGAGCUUCUUUUCGUCUGUUACAGAAGAGACCGGUGGUCGGCCAGUCGAAGGCAGGAGAGACCCCGCCAAAGUUCAGAUCCUUGUGGAAGGAGGAGAGUUUUCGCGGCCCAUUCAAGUUGGCGACAAUGGCAUCGAGGUGACUGUCACUAUUACCAGCUUGGGAGAUGGGUUCUUCUUGCUCGACACAGUCGGUGCCCGUGGAUAUGCGGCACGCGACAAGUUGACUAGUAUCGAGUUCUUGCCCGUUCUGACGAAGCGUUUGGCAAACUACUUCCAGCUGCGCAACAGCUUGAAAAACCACACGUUAGCUGAUGCAUACCUUCUCCGCAACAAGCAGAUUCUCAAGUCACUUGCCCUGGAGAUGUAUGAAGCGGAGCAACAAACAGGUAGUAAGAGCCGUCCGCACUCUCCAGUGAAGAUGCUGUCAAGUUUCUUCAAUGGCAGUGUGGGUAGAGAAGGCGGUGGCUCCCGCAGACUACAGCGUAACGCUCAUACUCUCAAUGACAUACCGCGCAUGGCGCCACCCAUGUCUCCUGCACCUAGCCGCACUUAUAGCCACGAUGGUGAGGCGGCACGGCCUGACUCCUCUGGUACCAACAAGAGUCUUACCUUCAAUGCUGUCGCAUUGACUGAUGGCAUUCCGAAGCUUGAAGAAACAUUGGCGAACCUGAUCCUGGCACUACAUGCUCGCAAAGGUAACAUUGUCGGACGCUCUGUCCGUGCCAGAACCGUCGCAGACGAACUUGUCGUCAACGAGCUCUACAAUACUCUGCUCGAGAAUCCUGCCAAUCUCGACCUUGCUGGACAAUCAUCUGUAGACGUUCUUUUUGCAGUUUUUGAAAAAUUCCUGAGCGUUGGCUGGAAGGAGCGCAUGGGUCCUGUGCUAUCUCAUGCCACGCUGGUCUCGUUGCAAAUGCGAUCAGACAGCAUGCACCCCGAAGACUUUGAGGAGUUCUUCAGGAACACAUUCGAUCAAAUUGCGCCGCCGAACCAACGGGCCUUCCGAGCGAUCAUCGACUUGCUAGCCGAGCUGUUGGAAGGCACCAGUAACGACGGAGAUCGAGGCAUUCUCACUGCAGCUUUUGCAGAGAUGCUAGUGCCUGCCGGCAACGCAAACGACUUCAUCUCGCUCAUGGACCGCUUGGUGCAAGACCUUGAUGCCCUAUUUCCACCUUUGGCCACUGGUCUCAACACGCCCAAUUACGGCUCCAUGGAUUCAAAGAGUCGGUCUUUAGCGGCUGGUUCAUUGAAUGCCAACAACUCACUCAGGAGACGUUUUGGAUUUAGCACCCUAUCACGAGAGAAUAGCAAGUCGGAGAACGAGUCCAAGGUAGGCUCACUCUGGCGCUCGCUGAGCAAAAACAACCACCCCGAAUUCCCGCCAGGCAGCCUUUCGAAAGCCAACCCCGGAUCACUUGGUCGUUCCAACUCGACGGACGCUGCUGCCCGCCUCUCACCAAAGCGCCCGUCCUCUCGCGAUCGUCCAACUGUGCUCGGCGCCUUCGCUUUCGAAAACGGAAAUGCCAACGGGCGGCCUUAUGUGGGCAGUGGUGGUGCUCUUGGCACAAUUGGAGAGGUACCUCCCACUGUUGGGCCUCCCCGCAAGAAGCGCCGGUCUUCUUUGAGCGACCUCAAAACAUUGCAGGAUGCUGACGAUGAGCCCGCGUGGUCACCACAGACUCCUCGUAAAACCGAAACCGCACUUCGCCACGAGCAUCGCCAGAUUGGUGAAUCGCCCCUAACUCCUUCGAACACUACACCAACGCUACCAAAGCAGUCUUCGUCAAUACCAACGCCCGCCCGACUCGGAUCGCCAGUACGAAUAGAGAAGAAGGAGAACUCGUCGAGCACGGGCCCAGGGCCAGAUCGACCAGGGCACACGCGGCCAAAGUCGAUUUCGGUGAAGCCAGACUCCAAGGAUGAAGUCAUCAUCAGAUCGCAGAGUCCAACGAAGAAGCGAAGCGAGACUAUUUCAAGUAUUCCCAGUCUGAGACCCACAACUAGGGAUGGUUUACAUGAGCGAACUGGAUCUGGCAAUGCCGUUAAGCUGCCGCCUUCAACACCACGCUCCCCGACUAAAUCAAGUACAAUCUCGGGCUCUCCCAAGAAGCUGAGGAUGCAAUCGCCGCAGAAGUUGCGUGAGCGCCUGCAGACGCAGCAACGAGACAUCGACACGGCUUCGCAAGCGCUACAAAGCGAAUUAAGUGCAAUCGGCCAGGAAUUGAUUGGCAAAACAACUCCUCGCUUGACGCCUCAGAACUCUGCCCCUUCGCUAUCUAGUGCGACGAGCUCGAAGACACCUGAAUCUCGCAUGGCUCAUCUGGAGAAGACACUCAAGUCGACGCUUGAAGCGCUGUCAACGCUGUCAACACGUACAUCGGCCAUAUCAACGGAUAUCAGCAUGUCACUACAGGUGUCGGAGGCACGGUGCAAGCACUUGGACCAGUUGUAUCGCGACGUGAAUGCUGAGAAUGAGGCAUUGUAUGCUCGGUUCAACGAAGAACUCGAGAGGGUGACGAGCAAUACUCGCAAGGGCAGAGCCAGCGAAGAGGUCGAACGUCGGUUGAAGUCGAGCGAAGAAGAGGCAGCGCGACUUAGGAAGGAGAAUGCACGACUGAAGAGGGAGGUCGCUGGAUUGAAGGCGCAGAUUAGGGAGCGUGAGUUGGACGUUGACGAGCUUCUGCAGUUUGUGUGA